AUGUCCGGCUCAGAUAACAGGAGGCUACAGAGCGAGGUGACUAAACUGGUGCGGAUUCUUCAGGAGCUUGGUUAUCCAGCAAGAUCCCUGGGCCCCCUUCAAGACAAUCUUUUGCCCCCGAACAGGUUCGAAUUCACCUCACUUGCCUUGUUGACCCUAAUCCGAUGGCUAGAAACAGAUUCCCUUCCAAUCUACACUUCGUUUCUUUGCGAGUAUGUCGUAGACCCGAGAACGAUUCCGGAUCAGACGGUUAUUUACUUAAUGUACAACGCUCUCAUCGAUAUCCUUCACUAUGAGCCGAAGCUGUCUGCAGAGGCCUUUCUAGAUAAGAUAGGCGGUACCAUAACUGGUGAGCUGCGAGAUCUCCAUUACUAUCGCGUACGAACGGUGAGAAUCUUUGCUAAACUCUUACAUGAUCUUCAGCUAAGAUGGAUUAGGCACUCCUCAGAACGUAUGCGCGGAACAGACGGUUUUAUCGUUUUGCUCCCUCCGUCCUUGAAGCCGCAAAUGCCUUAUGUAGCUCAACGCUGGACCUCUCACCCGGCGGUCAUCAUGCAUCAGCCAGAGAAUGCAGCAUAUCGAGGCAUUGUUUCGGAGACUCCGGCAGAUAUGCCUAGAAUUCAUCGCGCCCCAUCUUUUCCUGGCCUACAACCUCACUAUUAUCCUGAUCCAGCACAUAAUGCAUCACAUCAAAUUAACCAUCUCGUUGAUAUUACUCGCAAUGCCGUAGCUGCUCACUCCCAUCCCUCGUCUUUUGACGUGGCUGUUGGCAUGGACAAGCUCCCCGGUGACAUUCAAAGACGCCUCCACAGUCAGUUUUCUAGUCAGUCAAGGAAGCAUAAGAGACACCAUUCAAGCAGAUCUUCAUCACGGAAGAACGAGUUGGCUAGGAGAGAAGCCAGAACUCGCUCUAGCCAGGCAGGCCGUCAUCGUAGACGUGCAUCGUCAACCUCUUCUACCUCGGUCUAUUCGUACAGCAGUAGCUAUUCCUCAACCAAAUACUACGAUGAUUCAGACGCAUAUUCUACCUACUCUGAUUCAGUAGUGGAAGAAGCAGAUGAAGAAAGGCGCACAACAUCAAGAAAGAGAUCUCACUCACAGGGGAGGAUGUCAACAAGGACGAACCAUAAAGUUAGCAGCUCACAACGAAGGUCAAAGAGGGAGUCUACCAGUCACUCAAAAAGGUCUCGUGGCCAAUCUGCCCGACACCGACGCAGGCCUUCCUCCGCCACAAGAUCUAGGUCAGCAAAGUCAAAACCUGCAGACAAGGUGCACAGUGAUUCCUUUAUUGCAAAGGACGCGCACCAAAGAAGCAUUUAUGAGCCCAAAGAAAAGCCUCUUUCUCCCAGAAAUCUUAAUGCAUCGAAUCAAGCUUCAGUCAAUGUUCCGUCUGGACACCAAACCCUUAAUACUGGCAUGGAUUCAAAAAGUCAAGAGGAAUAUAUGUCAGAUCGUGAGCUACUUCUUCAAUUGGGCAGAGCCACAGCCAAAAAGUAUGUGACUUCCGGCGGAGAAUUCUACGACACGACUAGGCAAACACCCACUUCCUUGCAGCAAAUGUCUGAGUUUCCUGCCUCAAACUCUGACCCUACUCAGUUGCAUGUAGAUCUAUCGCGUUACUCUGUUAAAGACAAGAGUAUUCUUGCAAACACAGCAAUUGAUAAUGCAGAUCUUCAGAUCAAUCAUCUCAAUGCCGUUCCGCUGCCACCGCGCGCUGGGCCCUUCUCUGCCGGUCCGCCAACUCUUCCUGCAGUCCCGGUAACCAGCUCCUAUCCACCGAGCUGCCAUCCGUCCAUUAAUCCGGUAUAUAAUGAACCUUCCUAUAACAUACAAGCAGCGUGUCCUGCCACACCUCUUUACAUUAAUCCUCAAAGAGAAACUGGAGCAGAAUCUGUUGGAACGAGCGCUGCUAAUAUGCCCACGUAUAAUUUCCCGAAGGAUGGAGUAUACGUCCCUGGAUAUCCUUAUAUUGUUCCGACUGAAUUUGGUGAUGCGCCCUCAAGAGAGCCCUACAGUGAUGCAGAAGCUUCUGCUCUGCCAGCGUCGUUUGUUAUGGCACAGAGACAUGUCGAAAGCACCCCAAUCAUGAGUAACGGACAAGACCUGAGGCCACUCCUAGAUAAGCACCCAGACCCUAUGAUGGAGUACAUGAUAGAAGCAGAGAUCAGACGUGCAGAAUCAGACCCGCGGCAAUUAGAGGAAAUAAACAAUCUAGCACAAGAAGACAAUUAUCGGAAGAGCGUUACAUCAAGAACAACCACUCUUCCAUUGCCCUCCACGUCGACAUCAGUAGCUCUGAACAGCGACCAUCCCACCUCAGUUCCUGCUACUUCUCUGCCAACACCAUCCUAUUCUGGCUCUGCGCACAUGGGAAGGAUAGAUUCUCGCACCAAUGAGCUUCUGCCAGCCCCAUCAGUAACCAACAGCAACACUGUCGUUAGCGCUCGUGACGGAGCGUCCAGCCUGCCUCCGCCAACGACCACAAACUCAGGUAUCUCCACAGCUCCCCUGAGAUAUCCUACGAGUACUACUGUUGAGACGCUCGAUGAUUACACUGGGCUCGUGAAGCAUGCCCUCCAGAACACCCCAUCCACUGCACCGUCACAUCCAACCACCUCUGGAUCCCACACUUCUCAGAGUUUUUAUGACAACUUGACUAGCUAUUCUGGGAAAGAGCUAUCUAGUAGCUUUAGGGAGCGUAUAAACAAACUAACCAGGGAAUCCAGUUCAACGCCAGAGACGGCGUCCGUUUCAGCUAGAGAAGCGAUUCCAACAAGAACAGUGGCCUCUUUGAAUAACAGAAUACUGGUAACCAAUGGCCUCCCUGGAGUAUCCUCCACUCCCACAGCGACAGCAGCAGUUCCAUUAAUGGUCAACAAAUAUGGACAGGUCCAGGUCAAUCCAGAUAUAGUCUUUCCGGAGAUACCGGCUUCAGAGCGCCACAAACCAGAGUACAGAGCAGCUAUUGAAGCAGAGGCCCUGCGACAAACACAUGCUAUCGUCCCAGAUACAGCCAAGUAUCACUCGGUAGGCGAUCUUACUGAAGACGAUCUUAAAAAGAGUGGCAUUGCGUACAUCAGGGAGUCGUCUACCACUUCUGGCUCUUCCAGUAUCCCAGAGUGUGUGAUUGGACACUUGGUAGGAGGAGGAAGUCGCUCUACCCUGUCGAUGACCAAACCCACAGUUAACAUAGAAGCUCCAGAGGUGGCUCUACAAGAGACGUUGACUGCUGGCGACAAAUCAUUCCACAAGACCAGUAGACAAGAUUAUCCAGAUCCUUACUCUGUGCCAAAACCGUUCAAUAAUCUACCCACUGCUAAUGUCUCUGCUGUGCCGUCCACAUCUCGCUCGUUGUACACACAUAGUGUCAGCAUUCCAGAGUCCAUCCCGUUAGGUGGAAAUAUUAAGACUGCCAUCGAAGCGAUAACUGAUCGAGUUGAACACGUACAGUCAGAGCUUACAGCGGCAACGGCGGCAACUGCAGCAAUAAUUGGAUCACACAAUGGUGUUGGUGGUAGCAGUAGUAGUAGUGCAAGCGUUGCCUCAAUCCGACAGCCUUAUGACUUGUCCAAGACUAGCACUGGUGCACGGGGAUCCAGACGUGAUGAUACACCAGUGACGAGUGGUCCGAGGGGAGAUAGCGUGCUGAGUAGUAUGAACACAAUGUCCACAAAAAGCGUUCGCUUUGCUGGCCAGGACACAACGGACUCCCACGAUUUAUCAGAGCACUUGUCAUCUGUCCGUGACGACUUUUUAAAUUUAGAGCAGGUAUCUAAGUCGCCAUCUGACAGGGUAUCUACAUCUAUGCACCAAAUGACGAAAGAAUCUAGUUCAACUACCCUGCCACUGCCCUCCACAAAUACGACAAAUCCAGAGAAGACACUAACAUCCAACCUGCCUGUGGCGUCAAGCACUUCCCAAAACCACAGCUAUGACAUAGAUAGUAAGCAGGCCCUCAUAGAAUCUGCUCAAUCUCUUGGCAGAACAGCCAGUGCUCUGCAGAGACUCCAGGCCAGUGGGGUCUCCCACUCCACGCCAGCAACCUCAUCUCCAAAGGAGUAUAUUGGACGCCGGUUCGACUCUACGCCCGAGACUACUGGUGGCUCUCUUCCUCCUCCCGAAAGCGCGUCAUCAGUGUCCAACCCUAUUGGUACUGUGAUGUCUGGAACCGGAAGCGUAUUGAUUCCCCCGUCUAGCACAACUAACACGGGUGCGACAGGAUCAAGUGCUCGUCCAAAUCUGUAUCUUCCUAGCCUUGGUCAGUCUACUGAGAUGAUUUCCUCUGUGGAAAAUCCCAAUCUUGUACUGAAUAAUAGUACACUAGUUCUAUCCGAUGGCAUAGCAAAUUCCCUAGGACGACGACUUAAUGCCGAGAUGCACACAGAACCGAAGCAUCAUAUUCCCCAGUAUCCUCCUAUGGGCCCUCCAGCCUCCAAUGUUCCUCCAGCCAUUGAUAAAGCAGCAGAUGAACUAGGUGCCAAGCCAGGAGCCACGUCACAAACUAGUAUCAUAUCCGGGUCUGCUGGGGGCUCCGGAACAUCUAAGAGCUCUGGUGGAUCAGGUAGCUCAACAAACACUAUAAAACACUUAUCUCACGGAUUAAGCGAUGAUGCAAAUGGCUUGGGAACCCUAUCAGUUAAUGCGCAUCGAACAAGUACAGAAAGCCCCCCUAGUAAUGGAUUAGAAGCCAGUAGGAUACCUUUGAGCGGAAGCCGCCUCCGAGAGCUUAAGGCGCAGGGAGAAAAGCUUAUCAGGGCUGCAAAUGAAAUCGAGACAGCGUUUGUUCCUCCCUAUCUUAAUCAGGGGUCGUCUACAGGAACCACAGUGAUUGGGCCAAGCAGCCUUGGAAGCACGAGUGCAAAUAAUACGACAUACUCCAGUUAG